GAUCUCGCCCCUUACAGCUUUCAUUUGGUAAUCAAAGCAGCCACCAUGAUUGCCCAGGCAUCUUCAGCCCUCGUCCAGGUCCCUCUGGUCCAGGCCCGCAAGGCCAGUGUGCCAAAACCCGCAAGGCAGCCAGUGCUCGUCUCUGCCAACGCGGAGUCCUCGCGCAGGGAAGCCAUGGCCUUUGCAGCUGGAGCCAUUCUUCUUGGCCUGACAGGCAAGGCCAACGCCAAAGUGGAGGUCCCCUUCCAUGCUUCGGUCCUCAGGGGUGGCAGCUCAACUGAGGCGUCACAGUCUGGCUACGGCAUGGAGGGCACCAAGAAGCGUGGAAUCAACCCUGCCCAGCGCAAGAAGCUCCUGGCAGCCAUCAGAGAGAAGCUGCCCACCAGCAGCUAGAUUACCGCGGGUUGGCCAUUGCUCAGCCCAACGUGCACACCCAUCAAUGAAACUGCUAUUGCGAGAAGAACAUUUGGGAUAGGUGGGAAGCUAGGGUGUGAGAGCUGCUUUUAACAGAAAGGGCUCACAGUUCUCUGCAGCCGAAGCCCUUCCAAUGUACAAUACAAAAUCCAUGUCCGAGAUUCUGACAUUCUGAGGAUUUGGUCUUACGUUCUCCCAAUUUUGAGAAGAGAGUGACGCAUUGUGAGAAGUGAAUCAGCCAAACACGCAGUGCAAGAUUUCCAUCUGUCUCAUGAUCUGUACAGGAUUUGUUAUAGAAAGAUUAAUCCAGUGGGUAC